GAAUCUCGUAUGAUUCCCAAGCCUGCGCCAGCAGCAACCAUUGUUCAACCUCUCUCAACAUGGCGCGAGUAAGGCUCCUGCGAGCUUCGAGACAAGCCGCAGUAUUCGCCCUGGGAGCAACUGCGGCGACCCAAGUCCAUUCAUUUCCCUCCCCGUUCCGCACAGUAUAUGCAGAGGCUCCCUCAAAGGACCAGCUCCCUGACAAGAAACCCAUAUACUCCGACUUCCCAGUCGCACCCACCACUCCCGAGCCCUCGCCCACUUCUCCGGUCUCGAAACCAAAUCCGCACUCACCCACACCUACCGACCGACUCACAGUGCAUGUCAAGAAGGUCCGUUUGUUCCUGUACGAUCAAUCACUCGCCGCCGAAACAUCCUUCAACAAAUUCCUGUCAUGGGCAUUCCGGAAGGAAACAGACUUCAGCAACACCAUUGCUUCCUUGGCCCCGGCCCCCGAGACCGGCGAACAACUUCUUCCCGGAGCCAUUUACGUGCUGGUAGCGACACUCACAGGCUCCAUUGUAGCUCGCAACCGGGGGAUCUUCUUACGGACCACGUUCCCGCUUGCCGUGGGUAUCGCGGCGGGCUGGUACCUCAUCCCAGUGACGAUGCGGAACACCUCGGACUUGAUCUGGGAGUAUGAGAAAAAGGUACCCGCGAUCAGCGAAACCCACUCCCAAAUAAGUGGGUUUGCCAAAGAAGCGUGGAAGCAGACGAGGGCGCACACGAAAUUUGCGACGGACUGGGCGGAUGAGAAGGCGACCGAGGCGAGGAAAACUGUCGAGGACUUGGUUUCGAAAGGCAAAUAAACACCAGUGCUGGAUCUGCGGGCAGGGUAAAGACAUUUAAAAAAAAAGACUCAAAUAACGGAGUAUAGCUCCCACAGGCAAGCAAGACCGUUUAUGAGACUUGGUGGCAGGGCGGCUUGCCCGAAUGUACAGAACAAUGGCGUUUGUCUCUUCUACGUUCCAUGCGUUUCACGAUCGACCACAGUGCCUUGCUCGCGUGACAAUUCGGGGACCUGCGCUUCUGGCGAGGCUCUCAGCGUCAGAACUCGGCAGAUGCAAAUACAUAGCAAGCCCCGCCAACUUAUCACAGCUAUACUCACACGUUUUGUCACUUGCAGUAUAGCACUUUUCUAAAGAGGUACAUCACUCAAGCUAGACAGGACAGGAGACGAAGGCCCGCCGCCCGCUCGCCUAAAUUUCCACGACCAGCUUUUUGUGAGAUGGAGCAGAAAGAUUCCGCCAAUCACCGCACGCCUUUUGUUCAGAUUGGACUCGGUCGCGAGGCUGGCUGUAUGGCCAAGUCGAGGUCAAGCAAAGUUAAGUCUUCGUGAGAGAACGGGGGCCCGUCUGAUCAAUACAUAGAAAGGAGAGGCUGUCCUCAUGGCAUCCAUGGCCAUAUUGAAAAUGCGAGACCUCAGACUAGGAAAUGUUUUCGCCACUGUCGACUGGAUGUCUGAUGGGUUGGAAUAGGAUGCCUCUACGAGGUAUAUCGUCCCUGUUUCUCC